AACCGCACAGAGAGAAACUGUUUGUCUUACCAUCUGAGGAAUCAAAGAAUCUUUUUGAAGAAGAAGAAGAAGAGGAAGAGGAGGGAGAGGAAGGAGAAAGGAGAAAGUGUUUGCUGGGAUUUUUUUCUUCUUGUUUCUUUUGCUUCAUGAGAGUACUUGACAGGUUGAGUGGCGGAGCUUUAUGAACACUUGCAACUCAAGAUGUUGACAGUAGAUUUUGGACUAUAUGGAGUAAUGUAGCUUCACGAGCCUAUCUUUUGGGUACUGAUUUUGCGGCAACUGGACAUGUAUGUGUUGGUGGGGACAUGCUUGAGCCAAGGGAAGCUGAUAUACCUGUCCUGUUUCUGGUUUUGGUUGUGCUUCCUCUGGUUGCUUACGUCUUACUUGGGAUAUGGAGUGAGGCUGCAAAGAAAAGAGAGAGAGUGAGUUUGCUUGCUCAUUUGGCUGCCGAGGAAGCUCUUAGAGCUGAGGCAAUGGCUGCUGCAAGUGUUAUCCCACUUGUCACUCCUUCAAAAAAUGGACUUCAUGUGUGUGCUAGGUGUUUUAGUCCAGCUACAACUCGCUGCUCCAGAUGCAAGGCUGUUAAAUAUUGCUCUGGGAAGUGCCAAAUAAUUCACUGGAGGCAAGCUCAUAAGCGAGAAUGCCAGCCAUUGGAGAGUGGAAGCUCAUGCUCAUCUCCGAAAGCUGCCUCAAUUGAUGACUCCGUUAUGCCUGAUGAGAGCAUGAACCCCCAGUUAUGUGGUUACAACAUUAAUCCAGCUAUGAUGGAGCAGGUACCUGUGGAAAAUAUAAAUCAUCUUUCAAUGAGCUCUGCUGCUUUUGUUAGCAUGGAUUCCUAUGUGGGUGAUGCCUCUCAACCAUCCAUGCCAGAGAGAAGGUCUAUGGACAAGCGAUGUUCCCAUAAGUCGGGCAGAGAAUCAUUGAAAAAGGAGAAUUCUGCUGUGUUGGGCUCAUUUGAAGAAAUAUCUUGCAGUGACGCUAUCAAUACAGUCUUUAGUCAUUCAUUAAAUGCGGGUUCUAUAAGGCAAAAGUCAAGCACUAGUGACACUGUUGUUUCUGAAGAAAUUCUCAAAAAGCAAACUCACAUGCAUAUCGGCGAUCAAGCUAGAGCCAGAAGUACCCUGCAGAAUGAAAAAAGUAGCAAGCAUCAAGGCCAACAUGGGAGCUUUCCAGAACCAAGAAGCAACAAUGGAUUUUCUAGUUCUUCAUAUUCUCCAACAACUGGGGCAAAUUUUUACAAGACUGAAACAGAGUUUCUGAACGGUGAAAAUUUAUCGAGAACAGCGAGUGCAUUUAGUAAUGAAACUGUCAAACCAAACUGUUGCUUGGAAAAAACAGCAGCUAAAGGAGUUGUAAAAACUAAGAGUUUAACAAAUCCUCAGGGGAUAAAAAAUGCAAAGUUGCCCAAAUCACCUGGGAAAGUGUCUGGAGAACAUUUGUAUGUUGAAAAAGAAAGGAAAAGAGAAAUUGCUGAUGAAUCAAAAGGUACAAGGACAAUGGAUACCAUCCUAGCACAUGAAAACAGUGGGGUUGCAAGCGUGGGAAUUAUGAAGAUGAUGGGUUUAAGAAAGUCCACAAAACUUGCCAUGCAGAAUGGGUCAGCAAAGUAUGAUGAUAGCCCCAAGAAAAUUAAAAUGCUUUUUCCUUACGAGGAAUUUGUGAGGUUCUUUCAGUGUGAAGUCUUUAACUUAUCACCUAGGGGACUUGUAAACUGUGGGAACAGCUGCUAUGCUAAUGCUGCGUUGCAGUGUCUAACCAGCACAAAGCCUCUUAUAAUUUAUUUGCUCCAACGAUCACAUUCAAGAGCCUGUUGCGGAAAAGAUUGGUGCCUCAUGUGUGAACUCGAGCGACAUGUAAUGAUGUUAAGAGAAACAGGGGGCCCCUUGUCGCCUAGCAAAAUCCUUUUACAUAUGCGAAGUAUCAAUUGCCAUAUUGGUGAUGGAAGUCAAGAAGAUGCUCAUGAAUUUUUAAGGCUUUUGGUUGCAUCUAUGCAAUCCAUAUGUUUGGAGGGAUUAGGCGGAGAAAGUAAGGUUGAUUCCAGAUUGCAAGAGACAACUUUCAUACAACAUACUUUUGGUGGACGUCUUCAAUCAAAAGUCAAAUGCUUGAGGUGUUCUCAUGAGUCGGAACGAUAUGAAAACAUCAUGGAUCUUACACUGGAGAUAUAUGGCUGGGUUGAGUCCUUGGAGGAUGCACUGACUCAAUUUACGACUCCUGAAGAUCUGGAUGGAGAGAACAUGUAUAGAUGUGGAAGGUGUGCUGCCUAUGUUCGAGCAAGAAAGCAGUUGAGCAUACAUGAGGCACCAAACAUCCUGACAAUUGUGUUGAAGAGAUUCCAGGAAGGAAGAUAUGGUAAAAUAAAUAAAUGUAUCACCUUUCCGGAUAUGCUGGAUAUGAUUCCGUUUAUGACUAGAUCAGGUGAUAUUCCUCCUCUUUACAUGCUUUAUGCUGUUGUGGUGCAUUUGGAUACGCUGAAUGCAUCUUUCUCGGGGCAUUAUGUGUCGUAUGUAAAGGAUUUGCAAGGCAAUUGGUUCAGGAUAGAUGACACUGAGGUUCGUCCAGUGCCAAUGAGCCAGGUGAUGUCAGAAGGAGCAUAUAUCUUAUUUUACAUGAGGUCUUGUCCUCGUCCUCAAAGAGUGCAAAUGGUGAAAACCAUUAGGAAACAAGUUAUAACCCCGGCUAAGCACAGCAUAUCAAAAGAUCACAAGCCUUCAAGAACAGAUGAAAGAAAACCUGACUAUCAUUUUGUUGGCACACAGCCCUCGCCAGAUCCCAGACCGGAAAUUGGUACCAAUUUUGCCAAUCAUACCAUGAAUGGUAUUUGUAGGAGUGUAAACAAUAAUAGCCUGCCAACGAUGGAAACAUCUGCUCAGCUACCCAGCAUGGAGUUCUCUGAUGCUACAUUGAGUGAUUGGUCCCUAUUUACAAGUUCAGAUGAGGCAUCUUUCACAACUGAGAGCACUAGAGACUCUUUCAGCACAGUGGAUUAUGCAGAUGCGGAUCCAUUCUCAAUCUUCAGCACUCCAUAUGGUCUGGAAUCAUCCUCUCAUAAUACCGUUGCUUGUAGAAUGUUUGCAAAUAGUAGGCUACAGACUAGGUUCUUUUCGGAGGAGAAGGGUUAUGUCGUUGAUUCAUACUCGUCCUGGCACACUCUAAACCGAGUGCAGAAAAGAGACAGAGUAAAACAAGUCAGUGAUUCUUUGAGUGAAUCCUCUUCUGAUUGUAACUCCAGCAUGUAUGUAAAAUAUGGGAGUAAUCUGAAAUACCCUUAUGAGCGGAUGAUGACUUCAUCCACUCAUUGUAUACAAUAGUUCAUGGAGGAUUUCAACUGAUUUCGUAGAUUUUACUUAGGCAGGUUGACUUGGUGCCCCAAAAUUUUUGUUUCAAUGCUUUGUUGAUUGGGGCGUGUGAAUCAUAUAAGAAAAAAAGAAAACCAGGAAAAAAGAAAUAUUCUUGUUGUCUCUUCAAAUUACUUCUCAAAUUUGUAAAGUUCUUCAUUUCUCA